AUGGAUAAUUCUCCAAAGACGAUUGCCCUAGUUACCUGCAGUAUCCGCAAUCCACGCCUAAAUCCCUUCAUCACAGACUACGUCCACCAGAUUCUAACUAGAUACAACAGCAGCAGCAACAACAACAACAACAACAACAAUAAGACUAACAGUGAAAAAACAAUCAGCACCAUCCUCAACGGACCCCCAACGUUCCUGGAAGUCCUAGAUAUCGCUGAUCAGCACCUCCCCCUGUCCACGAACGAACCCGCCAUCCCCGCCCAUCUCCCGGAGUCAGAUCCAACCCCGCAUUACGUCAACGAGUACUCCCGCGUCUGGUCGAGCAAAGUCAGGCGGUACGACGCGUUCAUCUUCAUCACACCGCAGUAUAACUGGAGUAUUCCAGCGAGUUUGAAGAAUGCGCUCGACUAUCUCUUUCACGAGUGGACGGGGAAACCGGCUGGGAUUGUUUCCUAUGGUGGGCGCGGGGGGGGGGAAGGCUGCGGAGCAUCUGAGGGGGAUUCUGUCUGGGUUGAGGAUGAGGCCUGUCUUGACGGUCCCCGAGUUGGAUACGGAGGUUUCAAUGGCGGGGGAAUGUGUGAGAGAUGGUAG